UAUUAUUAUAGUACUUAUUUAUAAGAUUUGAAUUAUAUUAAAAUAUACGAAUCAAGAGGCAAACUGCAACCGCUUUUAUAAUAUUCAUAUAGAAGAAUGAUUUUAAUUUUAUUUCUUUUCUAAAUUUGUUUAUAUACUUUGUUUAUUUAUGGGCGAAGCCCAUUCCAGAUAUAAUGAUUCGACAAGGCAGCAUUGAUGAUAUAAAUUCGCAACAAUUUUUAAAGAUCUCCAAUUAUGAAGAUACUGUUCGACAAUUGGACAUAUAUUAUGCCAUUGUGAAGAGGCAAUUACUGAGAUUUCAAAGUCCAAUCACUGGACUAUUCCCUGUUUUAUCAUCAGACCUCCACAUAGGAAGUGUGAGAGAUAGUAUUUACUGUGCUUCAGCUGUUUGGGGCUUGUACCAAGCCUACAGACGCAUAGAUGAUGACAGAGGCAAGUCUCAUGAGCUUGGUCAGAGCACAGUAAAAUGCAUGCGAGGGAUCUUAGAAUGUUGGGUGAAGCAGUCAGCGCGGGUGGAGGCGUUUAAGACGCGGCAAAGUGCGGCGCACGCACUUCACGUCAAGUUUCACCUCACAACUGGGGAACCAGUGCUCACAGAUGAACAGUAUCAUCACCUACAGAUAGAUGUUAUCUCCUUAUAUUUACUGUUCCUUGUUCAAAUGAUUACUUCUGGCUUGCAGAUUAUUUAUACCCAGGAUGAAGUUGCAUUUGUUCAGAACUUAGUUUAUUACGUAGAACGCGCUUACAGAACGCCAGAUUAUGGCAUGUGGGAAAGAGGAUCCAAAUAUAACGAUGGAAAACCAGAAAUACAUGCUUCUUCCAUUGGUAUGGCAAAGGCAGCACUAGAAGCUAUUAAUGGAUGCAACCUCUUUGGAGACAAGGGCGCGUCAUGGAGUGUUGUUUACGUAGAUAUUGAUGCACAUAAUCGUAAUAGAAGUAUUUUUGAAACUAUGUUACCUCGCGAAUCUAGUUCCAAGGGCGUCGACGCUGCGCUACUUCCAACAGUUUCAUUCCCAGCGUUCGCGACACACGAAGAACACUUAGUACAGUUAACAAAAAACAACAUAUUACGGCGGUUGCAAGGAAAAUGUGGCUUCAAGAGGUUUAGUCGCGAUGGUUACAAAUGCGUUCUAGAAGAUCCUAAUAGAAGGUAUUAUCAUGAGGGGGAGUUAAAGGAGUUUGACGGCGUUGAGUCUGAAUGGCCACUGUUUUAUGUGAUGAUGAUCAUUGAUGGCGUCUUCCGCACACUCCCUGAACAAGUUGAAGAGUUCCAGAAACUGCUGAAAGCAAGGAUAUAUAUGGAUGAAAAUGGAGAUCCAGUUAUUCCAUGGUACUAUUAUGUACCUCGUGAGGGUAUUGAGAACGAGCGUAGUGAACCUAAUUCUGUACGGCGAUUACCUGCAAAUCACCCCAGUGACAAUUACGACAAAGAUACAGGCGGUUUGUUCCUGUGGGCGCAGUCAAUGUUCGUGUUGGCUCAGCUGCUGACUGGCGGGUUGCUCCAUGUGAACGAGUUGGAUCCUAUCCGGCGAUACUUACCUUCUUACAACCGUCCGAGACGUGCUGGACGAUACUCCGCUUUCCAGGCCAAGCCUACAUUUGGUAUUGCCACGGAUCUGGUAGUACAAGUUGUCCUGAUAGCAGAGUCCAUGCGUCUCCAAGCCAUGAUGGGAACUUAUGGUAUACAAACACAGACACCACAUGAGGUUGAGCCAGUCCAGGUAUGCAGUUCUACUCAGUUGGUUCACGUAUACAGAGAGCUUGGAGUUUGUCCAAAAUUGAAGCUGACGGGGCGUCCCAUACGUCCGAUUGGAUCGCUCGGGACAAGCAAGAUAUACCGAGUAUGCGGCAUGACUGUGCUCUGCUACCCGUUGAUAUUUGAAGUGUCGGAGUUUUACCUCUACCGAGACAUGGCGCUACUUAUUGACGACAUUAAAACUGAACUGCAGUUCGUUGGCAAAUAUUGGCGACUGUCAGGCCGGCCCACAGUGUGUCUGCUGGUGCGCGAGGAGCACAUGCGUGACCCUCACUUCAAGCACAUGCUCGACCUGUUCGCGAUGCUCAAGAAGGGCCACUGCGACGGCGUCAAGGUCAGGCUCGGAAGAUUGCAGAACUUAAUAUCCAGUUCUUGUAUGGAACAUCUGGAUUUUAUGAGCCAGGGUGAAUUCCCAUCAGAGAUGUUCACUCAGUUCAAGCAGUUGGAGCACGAGUAUAUCGGUUACCAGUCCUUAACCGACGUGCCCCGAACCCUCACGUAUCGCGAGGAGAACAUCUCCUACGAAAUGUACAAGAACCGCUCCACGCCUGAUGUCGUCGCUGCGUUGAGAGCCACAGAUAAUAUAUUUGCACAAUGCCAGCUGUGGGGCAUCCUGAUUGAGCGGGAAGGUCACAUGUUUGAGGUGAACGGCACGAACGCCCUGGAGUCCCUGAAGAGCCUGUACCACAGCGCGGGCGUGCUGCGCCACUGGCGCGCGGUGCGCUACUGCUCGUCGCUGCUCAACCACACCGUCGACUCCAUCAGCCCCUUCAUCACCACUGUGCUCGUCAAUGGGAAACAGCUAACAGUAGGAGUGAUUGGUCAGAAAGAGACGGUGUUUGAUAAACCCAUGACGCCCGGCGAGAUCCAGUCAGUGAUGUAUUCAACUAUACAACCGUACGAUGUUAUCGGUGCAGUAUUACAACAGGAAAUAGUAUUAUACUCGGGACGUCUGAUUGGUACCAACCCGGACAUGUUCCGGGGCAUCCUGAAGAUCCGCGUGGGCUGGGUGCUGGAAGCCAUCCGCAUCUACCUGGAGCUGUUCCCCGCGGAGAAGCGCGCGGACGGAACACUCGAGAGCCUGUCGCCCUACAAGCUGCGGACCUUGCUGCAGACUGUGCUCACUGUCUCCGAUUGGGCGGAAGAGAGGGGGUUAACACCUUUACAGAGACGUCAACUUGAAGGCUGUCUUUGUCGUGUACCAAAACAUUUUUAUAUUCAAGUUUGGGACAUUUUACUGCGCACACCAAAGGGAAUUAUUAUCCAGGGGCAUUGGAUCCCGGCGGAGCCGACGCUGGUGAACAUGUCGCGGUCGGAGCUGUCGUUCGCGCUGCUGGUGGAGGAGGCGCUGCUGCGCGUGGGCAGCCCGGCGCGGCGCCAGCUGUGCGUGGAGCUGCUGUGCGUGCUGGCCGCCAUCCUGCGCAGGAACCCCGAGCUCUACCUGCAGCAGCCGCUGCACAUCGACCGCCUCGUCGACGACGCGCACAUCACCUAUGCCAAGGACAUCGGGUCGGCGGACAGCAACGCGCUGGCGGCGGCGGCGCCGGGCGUGAGUGUGGGCUACCUGGCGCGCGCCGUCGUCAACUCCGUGUUGCAGGGCGCCGCCGCCGCGCACCUCGACCCCAACACGCAGCCCUCCUGCCUCGUGUCCUGACCGCCUCACACACAUGCACUACCUACUACACUAGCGCCUCUCUUUCCGGUAACUUGUUCAUAAUUGACGAUUUACUAAUGUUAUCAAAUAUUCGUAAAAUGUCGAAAAUAGAGACAUUUCUUUUAAAAUUAAUAUUAUUUAACGGAUCAAAAUGUUUUGUAUACUAUCAAUUAUGAAAUACAUUUUUAGAAAGCAGUAUUUACACUUCAAGUAGCCUAUACGAUACGGCUGCUUACUUGUUCUUGCUUGUGGUUACUUACCGAGAUCCUAAUUUUGUUGGUCAUACCAUAGAGCUCGUGCAAAAGCAUGCCAGGGACUGCCACUCGCUGUUUGUAAAAUGCGCUCGACUUUCAACGUUAUUUUGUUAUAAUAUUAUACUUGUUACACAUGCCAUACAUGUUGUACAAAUAUUACAUUAGACAGCCAUAUUUUUUAGAUAAGUGAAUUAUAUUUUGUGAACGACUGAUAUUAAUAAAAUCGUAUAAAAGACGUGGAUUUAUGUAAAAUCUUUAUUUUCAUCGUGAUUUUAUCACAGAAAUUAAUAAGCGUGCCAAUUUGUACACUAAUUGGAAAUGUUGAUACAGCAAACAAUUGUUGUUACUUUGAAACAUAAACAUUCGAGAUACUAGAGAUUUCUUGCGUCUUUGAUAUUUUCUUUUGUAAUGUGUUUUUCCACUAACAAAAAUGACAUUUCUUGCCCUUUAAAAUUUCCUAACAUUUCACCGUAGUUUAUUAUUGUUUUACUUAAUUUCUUGCCAGCUAAUCAGAUCAAUCUCUGUAGUCCAUUUGUUAAAUACUUAAAAAAGGUAAGUUAUCUUAUGGAGAGUAUAAAUGUUGGUGUGCUUUUUUAUAGAAACAUACAUCAUAGUAGAAAUAUAUGACUGAUUUAUUUCAGUAGUUUAACCUCCUAAGACCCAAAAGCAAAAUAUGUUCGAGGGAUUCUCGGCCUUAUUUGCUUAUAGGUUUAUUAUUAGAUCUUCGAGCAUUUUUUACUUGUAGAAAGCGUUGAAUAAUUGUGGAUUAUUGCGUUUAACGUCGAAAUGUCGAGCCAAACGAGCGUAAGCGUGCGUCUCGAUGUUUGUAUGAAGAGCCGUUUCGUAUUGUUUGGCCAUCUCCUGGACAACAAACGACCGUAACCUGUCGUCGUAUCUUCUAUCACCGAACAUGGCUCGAAAAGUCUCCGAAUAGGGGCCUUUUCCUUUCAUGGCGUACAAAAAAUUUAAUACAUCCGGUUUUGAUGGUAAAAUCGGUGAGUCGAGAGUAGUUUAUCCAUACACCCAAUUCUAUGUAGACUCGAGACAAAUCUCGUACAUGUCGACGUAUCUCCGACAAAAGUUUCAACCGUUUUUCUUGUUCCAAAAGAGGACAUAUGAUCGCGACCACGUUUUAUCGUGUAAACUUCGAGCCCAACUCCGGGGUCGAGAGAGAGAUAUUCUUUACAUUCCUUUGAACUUCUUCGGGUAUGAUCCAGACCACCACACGUCUUACAAGCGAGAAGCAUGAUCGAGGAUUCGCCCCCCUGUCAAAAGUCUUCCUAUUUAAGUAUUUAUACAAAUAGCUAUGGCUAAUUUUUAGGUCAAGGGUUUUAAAAGCGUCCCAUAAUGUCUGUCGUAGCUGUCAAAAAAAUAUAUUUUUUUUUAUAAUAAAGGAAUAACACUAUAAGGUAGAAUAUGAUUUAUUUGAAUGUCCUUGUAAAAGUACAUCGGGACUUAUUAGAAGGAUAGGUAUCUAUUCAACUUAGUCAACUUUAUAGCUGUUUUACAUUUAUUUUUAGUCGCGUUUCAUUAAACUGAGUUCUUAGAAGUCACUCACCUUUUUUUAGUAUCUAAAGAAGUGGAGUAUGGUAA